GUCUGAGUUCCCCUCCUCUCGGAGCAACAGUGCAAGUGCAUAGACGGUUGUCCCUUGCGUCUGUUAUCACAGGUUGUGGGAGCAGUUUCUUCUUGCUUCGAUGUCUACUGCAGUGCGUUUGCUUUACUGCCCCAGGCCAGGCACCUUUGGAGUUAUCAGCCCCGGUUUGGUUCGACACUUCAGCCUCAGUGUGCAGAGAGGGAUGUACAAGUAUGUGAAUGCCAAGGAACUUCCUCUUGAUAUGAGGUCCAUCACAGACCGAGCUGCUCAGACUCUCCUGUGGACCGAGCUCUUCAGAGGAUUGGGGAUGACUAUGAGUUACCUAUUCCGCGAGCCCGCUACCAUCAACUACCCAUUUGAGAAGGGUCCCCUGUCUCCUCGUUUCCGUGGUGAACACGCUCUGCGCCGGUACCCCAACGGAGAGGAGCGCUGUAUCGCCUGCAAGCUGUGUGAGGCUGUCUGCCCUGCCCAGGCCAUUACCAUUGAGGCUGAGACUCGUGCAGACGGCAGCAGAAGAACCACUCGCUACGACAUUGACAUGACCAAGUGCAUCUACUGUGGCUUCUGCCAGGAGGCCUGCCCUGUUGAUGCUAUUGUGGAGGGUCCAAACUUUGAGUUUGCUACGGAGACCCACGAGGAGUUGCUGUACAACAAAGAGAAGCUGCUGAACAAUGGAGAUCAGUGGGAGUCGGAGAUUGCUGCCAACAUACAGGCAGACUACCUCUAUAGAUAGACCAUCAUACUGGCACACCAACCACCAUCAUACUGGCUAACUACCUAUACUAUGCAUACUGUAAACACUAAGACAAUCCUAUGUCAAUUAAUAAUACACCAACUACGCAAUAGAUCAUACUUUUAACAUAGAGCCAGUAGGCAUAUUGUCAAAGUCAAAUAAACACGCACAAGUGUAAAAGCAAAAGCGCACACAUUUGCAUUAAUCACUAUUUGAUUUAAGUGUAUACCUCAUGCAAAUGUUGUCAUAUGAGAUUUUGAAUAAGCAUUAUAAUAACUGUCGAUUUAAUUGUAGCUUAUUUGUAAGAAGAAGAUAAAUUGUGUUCUGAAGGCCUCCUGUUUGUACUUUUUCAUAAUGAUUUGGGUAUGAAGUAGAUGUGUGAUUGAAUGAAGAUUAGAAAGAGCUGGUUUGGCAUAGCUUGAAUACAAAUAUUAUAGCUUGCACUCUUCCAUUGUCUAGAAAUCAUAUGGCCAAAUUGCAGAAGAAAUUACUGGGGGAAAAAGCAACCAUGGCAACAACAAAAAAACAUGCAUGUUACAUUUUACAAAACAUAAUUUGUUUUUAAACCACCAUAAAGCUUUACUACCUACGUGCAUAUCACUGAGAGUCGCAACGUUUUUAAUAUCUCAAUUGUUGCAACAAAAACAGUUUAUCGCUGGCGUUGAUCACGUGAUAUGAGCGGAAACGGACUCAGGUAGUCGCUGAAUCUCCCGCGGACGCAGCCAUUUACUCUUUUCCGCUUCGUUUCAACGCCGGGUGAGUCUGAACAUUUUUCCUGAUGUGACGCUAGUCUAAAUUCAAUUUCUAAUCAUUGUGAAUCAAAAUUGGGACAAUCAGAGACACCAAAGUGCGUUAUUGGUGUAUUUAUACCUUCAGUUUAGUAAUUAUUUUGGCAAUAAGCGAAGUUGUUAAGACAGUUUUAUUGAUUUCUAAGACCACGUUAGCUUUGCGAGUAGCGAAAUGCUAGCUAGCUAACGUUAGAUGGCAACUUUAAUUUAUUGUUUCGUUUAUAGAUUUGAUUGAGGAUGUUUCGUUAUAUUGUUAUUGUCCACACACAGAUCAGAUUGUAGCAGUUUUGUGCAGGGUUAAUUUGUUACAUAACAGAACCAUUACUUCGACUGUGAACUAGCCAGAGAACAGAUUGUGCUGCACAGACAUUGUUCCAGCCGAAACUAGAAAAGUGCGGCAGCCUGCUGAAUGGCGCACUCAAACGCUAACUAGCUAACGUGCGCGCUAGCUAGCCGUCCUCGGCGUUUAGACUGUAUGCUGUGCUAGCUAGCCAUCCUCGGCGUUUAGACUGCAUGUUGUGCUAGCUAGCCAUCCUCGGCGUUUAGACUGCAUGCUGUGCUAGCUAGCCAUCCUCGGCGUUUAGACUGCAUGCUGUGCUAGCUAGCCAUCCUCGGCGUUUAGACUGCAUGCUGUGCUGGCUAGCUAACGAACGUGACAUCACAUGAACUGAUUAAUAUUAUAUUUAGAAGUCAUAACUACAGGCCUGAAUUUAGGUUAUCGAUCGGAUUGUUUACACGUUGUAAUGUCCUGAUCUGUCAGAUGUCCGGAAAUAUGCAAAGGUUUAGGAAUAAGUUGCUAGUUUAAUAAAACGCGCAGCUAGUUACCAAGGUUUCUUGUUAGUUAGCUUGGACGCGUGCUGCUAUGUCGAAAGGUUGUUUGGUUGUUGUAGUUCAGUGGUUCACAAACCGCUGUGGGGCGGGGGACCUAAAUAAGAAAACAUUUGUAUAAAGGAACUCUGUCAGGCUUUUGAAAGUUGUAAUAGUGCAGUUUCGAAAUUGGUUAGUGCAUUGUCAGUUAAUCUUGUCAUUUUCGUCAUUGCACACUUUAGAGAGCUAUUUAUAACUUGUCAGAAAUGUCCAGAUCAACUAGCCCAUGUCAGCUAAGGUUUCUUUAUUUCGUUUUUUUAGCCCAUGUAUAUUAUAAUUUGUCACUCAAUGUCAUAUUAAACACGAGCAAAUGUGUAGAAUUGCAGAAAACAAGAUUUAAACCAGCAAAAUUCUCUCCAAUAAGGGGUGUCAAAAGAAAUGGACAGUGCGGAAAAAGUUUGGGAACCCCUUUUGCAAGUAGUUAGUUGAUCCAGCUAGCCAGGGUAGCCAGCUAACUAUACUAGCCCGCUAACCAUACCAUCCGGUCUGUGUUUUAGGAGAACAUAAAAAACCCACGACACAUUCCACAAUGGCAGAGGGAGAACCGCAGGUCCAGUUCAAGCUUGUGUUGGUUGGCGAUGGAGGAACGGGAAAGACCACUUUCGUCAAAAGACAUUUGACGGGAGAGUUUGAGAAGAAAUAUGUUGCCACGUUGGGAGUGGAGGUGCACCCGCUGGUAUUCCACACCAACAGAGGGGCCAUCAAAUAUAAUGUGUGGGACACAGCCGGGCAGGAGAAGUUUGGAGGGCUCCGAGAUGGCUACUACAUCCAAGCCCAGUGCGCAAUCAUCAUGUUUGACGUCACUUCCCGAGUCACCUACAAGAACGUACCCAACUGGCAUCGUGAUCUGGUGCGAGUCUGUGAGAACAUUCCCAUAGUCCUCUGCGGCAACAAGGUAGACAUCAAAGACAGGAAAGUCAAAGCCAAGAGCAUCGUAUUCCAUCGCAAGAAGAACCUCCAGUACUACGACAUCUCUGCCAAGAGUAAUUACAACUUUGAGAAGCCCUUCCUCUGGCUAGCACGGAAGCUGAUUGGAGACCCCAACCUGGAGUUCGUGGCCAUGCCCGCUCUCGCCCCACCAGAGAUCCUCAUGGACCCCUCCCUCGCAGCGCAGUACGAGCAUGACCUCAAAGUUGCAUCAGAAACAGCGCUCCCAGAUGAAGAUGAUGAUCUUUAACCUGUUAUGUAUGUAUGUAUGACCCCCCCCCCCCCCCCCGUGUGUGUCAGGAACUUGUUGGAGUUUGGCCCCUUUAAAUGUAAAAUCCCGUUGCAGAUUUAUUUUUAUUUUGGAACUUUUUUCCGUUUCUGUUUUAAAACAGAUAAAAAUACAAACUUGGUAAAGUCGUGUGGUUCUCUAGUUUCAUUGUAAGACACCCGCCCUGGUGUUGGCAUGGUAAUGUGCAACUCACCAUCAUCAAGCACCACCCUCUGCCCUUACCCGGCACAUGCUGGGCUAAGGCCGACUGACCGGAAGCACUUGGGGGAAUUAACUUUGAAUAAAAACAUUCUCAAUACAA